AUGGCCGCCAAACUCUCUGCCAACGCCCUCAUCGAGCUGGCCAAGAACCGCCGCUCUUACUACGCUCUCUCCAAGAACCUCCCCAUCCCUACCUCGCGCAUCACCGAGCUCGUCAACCAGACCACCCUCGAGAGCCCCUCAUCCUUCAACUCCCAGACCAACCGUGUCGUCGUCCUCUACGGCGCUGAGCACGACAAGCUCUGGGACAUCACAUCCGAUGCCCUCCGUGCCAUCGUCCCCGCUGAGGCCUGGGAGGCCACUGCCAACCGUGUCUCCGGCUUCAAGAACGCCGCCGGAACUGUCCUCUUCUACGUCGACAACACCACCAUCCAGACCUUCCAGGGCAAAUUUGCCAUCUAUGCCGACCGCUUCGAGCCCUGGGCUGUUCAGUCCGCUGCUAUCCAGCAGUACCUUCUCUGGACUGCUCUCGAGGCCGAAGGCCUCGGUGCCAACCUCCAGCACUACAACCCUCUGAUCGAUGAGAAGGUUGCCGAGACCUGGAAGAUCCCCUCCACCUGGACCCUCAACGCUCAGCUCGUCUUCGGUGCCAAGGAGGGUGAGGCUGGCCCCAAGACAUACGUCCCUCUUGAGGAGCGUGUCAAGGUCUACGGCGCUUAA